CUGAGAUGGCGGCAGGGCUGCCUCAGUCCCACUGUGGGCUCUUCCACCACCUGCUCUUCUCCCUCUGGGCCCUGCAGGGUGGUAAGUACCUGGGGAUGUGAGGGCAAGCGCACAUUUGGACCCUCAGCUAAUCUUCAUAUGCCACUUCCAGGACUGUCUCCCCUUUGAUUCAAGGUGUCCAACAGUCCCUGGUGAUCUCUUACUAAUUGACAGGACAUCGUUUCUCUCCUCCUAGGCCUCCGAACCAGCGUCUCUGGAGUAAAAGUGACCCAGCACCCACCACUGGCCAACAAACCAGAGGGUGAAACUGUGAAGCUGAGCUGCAACGUUGAUGUAGACAACUAUCAGUUCUACUGGUACCAGCAACGCCCUGGACACACAAACCUAAAGCAACUUGGGGUUAUCAAACCAUUUACGUCGGGAGAGGGGGACACAUUGGAGGAGAAACCAGGUGGCGAAAUAAAUAGUCGUCUGAGUGGCAAACGUGAUGGCAGAACAGCAAAUUUGAUUCUCGAAGGCCUCCAGCUUAAUGACACAGGGCUGUAUCUCUGUGCUUCAAAGGACACAGUGACUGUGGCAGCCCCAGGAGCUGUCACAAAACUGACUACCAAACAACAGUACGUUUCUCAACAUGCUGCUGAGAAACACAUCCUCUCUGUGUAUGAGGGGAUGCCAUUAAGGCAUGUUGUGUCCUGGGGGCCCACUGUCCAGCUCUGUCCAAAUUGUCUCUGUCUGUUUCUCACACCUAGAGAGCCAACAGGAGCAGUUCAAAGGCCUUAA